AAAAAAAUAGCAAGCAAACAAAAUUUCACUGUCAGAUUUUCAUUUCUCAAGAGUAUACUAUUGUGAAAGUCCCUCCUCAUGUGUGAGAGAAAGGGCAGACUGCAUCAUCUCUUUGAGUGUUAAAAUGGAAUCAACAAAUUUGAAGCAUGAAAAUGGAGAGACAUAUGACAGGGAAAGUGAGGUGAAAGCCUUUGACGAGACCAAAGCUGGUGUUAAAGGUCUUGUUGAUGCAGGCAUAUCCAAAGUCCCAAGAAUAUUCAUUAACCCAAAAAAAACCCUAAACUCAUCCAAUAUUAUUUCCACUGCCAACAUCCCAAUCAUAGACCUCCAAGGCAUUCAUGGGAAUGAGACGAAGCGCAGAGAGGUAGUUGGGGCAGUGGGAGAAGCAUCUGAGACAUGGGGUUUCUUCCAAGUGGUGAAUCAUGGGAUCCCAGGUGAUGUUUUGGAGGAAAUCAUGAGAGGGGCACGAGGAUUCCAUGAGCAAGAUACAGAGGUGAAGAAGGAAUGGUAUACACGAGAUCGAUCAAGGAGGGUAGUGUACAACUGCAACUUUGAUCUGUAUACUGCACCAGCAGCUAAUUGGAGGGACACUUUCCUCUGUGUCAUGGCUCCUAACCCCCCUCACCCUCAAGAACUGCCUUCUGUUUGCAGUGAUAUUCUUAUCAAAUACUCAAAAGAAAUGGAGAAACUAGGGGCUGUUUUGCUUGAAUUAUUAUCAGAGGCUUUAGGCCUUCACCCAAACUAUCUCAAAGACAUUGAGUGCAACAAGGGGCUAGCUCUUUUGGGGCAUUACUACCCAGCCUGUCCAGAACCAGACCUGACUUUUGGCACCACCAAGCAUGCUGAUAAUGAUUUUCUCACAAUUUUGCUUCAAGAUCAUACAGGUGGCCUUCAAGUUCUCCACCAGAACCAGUGGGUUGAUGUUCCCCCUUCCCCAGGAGCUCUAGUUGUCAACCUUGGAGAUCUUCUCCAGCUUGUGACGAAUGAUAGGUUCAAGAGCUCGGAGCACAGGGUGCUGGCUAACCGAUGUGGUCCGAGGAUAUCAGUGGCAUGUUUCUUUAGUACGUUCCUGUUACCAUUUUCGCGGGUUUAUGGACCAAUAAAGGAAUUAUUGUCAGAGGAAAAUCCAUCCAAGUAUAGGGAAACCACAGUUAAGGAGUAUGUAGCACAUUUUCAAGCAAAGGGCCUUGAUGGUACUUCUGCCUUGUUGCAUUUCAGGCUCUGAAUUGGCAUUUUUCUUUGUUUUAAGUAGCUAGUGUUAUUUGGGAAUUUUCUGUAAUAAGCAGUGGCAUGCUUCUAAGCUUUAUGGAGUUGUUAUUGGAAGAAAAUAAAGGGAAAACUACCAUAACAUGAAAAAUGAUUUUUACUGUUGGUAA